AUGCAAAUGGCUGUGGGGAUGCUGACCUGUAACAUGCAAUACUCUCUGUAUAGGUAUGACCUGGAGAUUGUUGAGGACACUGCAGAAGCCAGUGGACUGUUGGUAGGCAGCUGCUCUGUGCAAAAGGCACAGGCCAAGGAGCUCAAGCCGCCUCUAAGGCUGGAUGUCUUCUCCCCAGGUGUCCCCUCCUGGGUGUUCUCCAUCGUGGUGUUUGGCUCCAUUGUCAAUGAAGGGUACGUGAACCGCCUGGAUGAGACACAAGAGCACUGCAUUUUCAACCGCAAUCGCAAUGCUUGCAACUAUGGCAUUACUGUGGGUGUCCUCGCCUUCCUCAGCUGCCUUCUUUACCUGGCUCUGGAUGCCUACUUCCCGCAGAUCAGCAGCGUCAAGGACCGCAAGAAGGCAGUGCUCUCAGACAUCGGAGUCUCGGCCUUUUGGGCAUUCCUCUGGUUUGUUGGCUUCUGCUUUCUGACCAACCAGUGGCAAGCUUCGAAAGAGGUGGACAACCCAAUGAAUGAGGGAGGGGAUGCAGCCCGAGCAGCCAUCACGUUCUCGUUCUUCUCCAUCUUCACCUGGGUGGGCCAGGCAUUCCUGGCGUAUCAGCGUUUCCGGCUGGGUGCCGAUUCGGCCCUCUUCUCCCAGGACUACAUGGACCCAAGCCAGGACUCCGGCAUGCCUUAUGCUCCGUACACGAAUGAUGAGGAUGCUACAGAUGCAGUGGAGACGUACCAGCAGCCCCCUCCGGCAGAUGCUUUCGACACUGAGACACAGGGGUACCAAACGCAAAACUACUGAGCCACUGAUGACCCUUUCCCUUUCCUUUUCCCUUCUGCCCACUUUCCCACUGCCGGCAGAAAGCCAAGGCACAAACCAGACGUGUGCAUAGUGGCACAAGAGGUGGCUUUCAGCUAUGCUCCAGCCUUCUGGGUCAUCUGUUUUUAUUUAUCGUUUUUAAAAAAGGAAAAAAAUAAAGAAAAAAAGGUUUCCCCAUCACCUCUUCCUUCUCUUCCCCUGCCAAACUACCUUCCAGAACCAAAUUCUUCCAAAAUCUCACUGCAUUGUGACAGGAAGGUCCCCUCUCCCCUUCUCUCCCUCCUGCCUUGCUGUAGAGUGCAGUUUUGCCAAUGAGCAGGAGAGGGGCUACGGCACCAGCAGGGCAGGGAAGGGGGUGUUGGAGGUGAAAGGGAAGGAGUGAGAGGGGUCAGGGACCUUCCUAGAAAAGACGGUGUCGCUAAAGGCUGGAGUAGACAUGGGAGCAUCCAAAUUGGGGCAGAGGGCCUGGUUGGUGUUGGAGUCAGUAUGCAGGGGUGGAGGGGGAGGCCUGGAGGGGAGUGGGAACAGCAUCCCCAGUGCAAAGACGGGAGGGCUUUUCUCUGCCACAUGCUAGUGAGGGAGGGUGCUUUAUUUUUAGAGGGUCUGGGGAGAAGUGGUAUUGGGGGGGUGGCACAAAGAGAGAAAAUGGGAAUGAAAGGAGGAAGAUUUGCAAGUACAAUCAAAAACCACAGGCAUGUCUGUAGGUUACAGCAAGAGACUCAGCAGACCAGAGGGGCAGUGCCAUGAGAGUCACUCCCUCCCCAGCCCCCUUGGAUUGAGGUGGAGGUGGUUCCACUUGCCUUUAUGUCCUGCUCAGCACUCUUCUCAGAGCAGUGUUUGGUGAGGUGGGAGGGGAGCCAUGCCCUGGCCCCCAGACACAGUGCUUGUGGGAGGAAUGACAGUGGAGGUAGGCUUCUAGGGGGUUCUGAGAGCCCUUACCCCAAGCUAGUCUGGUUCGAGGGGGAGAGGAGAGCUUUGCCAUUUCACCCUGGGCAGGAGGAGGAGAAGAAAGCCAGUUUCGCUUCUCAGGUCCUGCUGAACCCUCCUCCAUUCCUCUGCUACCACAGGGCAAAGCCUCUUGCUGAGACCAUCUCUGUAGCACACAGGAAUGAAGCAGGACACUCUUCGGAAAGAAAUACUGCUGCUGGAACGGCCAGCAUGCAUCUGGCUGUUGCACAGAGAUGCAACCAAGUGGGGAAGGGUCCUGCCCCGCACGGUUGUGCUUUGCCUCCCACUCAGAUGGGGAGAAGGUCUUGGUGUGAAGAGAAUAGGUUGGGACAGGCUGAGCUCUCUGAAAUCUGCUCUUACUGUACUUCACGUAGACUAUAUAUUAGCAUGUCUUCCUGUGGCAUCUCAGAUCCUGGCUGUCUUUAAAGCCUCACCUAGGUGGCAGUAGUGACUCAGAUACAGCUCGUAUGGGCAUCAGCCACCCUGCUCCACCCAACACAGGCUCCAGCAGCAGGUAUCAGGAGCAGAUCCAAAAUCUAUAGGUGCUCCCCCAAGCGCCCAGCCGAUUCCUCGUAGCACCCUUAGGAGUCUGGAGGAGGUCUGGCCUGUGGUUGUAUGAACAUCUCAUCUGGAGGACACCGAGGUUACCAGUCCUUCCGCUCCUCCCAGUGCAACUUUCCUCCAGCUACCCCACAACAAUGGGGAAAGGGUAAAAACUGGAGCUGCAGGCCCCAAGAGGGAAGGGGGGCAGUUGUUCUCCGCUGUAUAUAGGCACCAUUUCUACCUGCUCCUACCAGCAGACUUAUGCUGCCGAUGGCUGUCCCUAUGGCUUGUCCUCCCCAUGGCUUUUUCCCCCUUGCUGGUGGCUAACCAUUGGUGAGGACGGGAGAGGGGGACCAGCUAGGUCUGUGGAUGCACCAGGAGGGACUGGGCACACAUCCCUUGCUCUGUGGCUUUAAGUGAAAGCAAUACUGUAAAUAGGAGGGGGAAUUUGGAGGAAAGUUCCUUGGGCUGCUUCUUCUGUGGGCUCAGCCUAAUAUUUAGGCUUGGUGGGGGGUUACCUUAUUGAGAGAGGUUUGUUAUGACUGUGGCUGUGGUGGGAGCUCCCUCCAGUCCGCCUUUCCUGCCAUGAAAGAGGAAAGAAUGGAUGACAAGGUGGAAGAGGAUAAAAACUAGUUGUACUCACCCAGAUUCAUCUGUGUCAUCCUUCAUGCUUUAGUUUGGGGAGGGGGGGACCAAGAGGAGGACGAGGCUAUAAAUAACCAUCCCUCAGCACAAAAACGUGUUGUACUUUUGGGGAGGAACUGCCCAUCACCUGUCCCCUCUCCUUGGUGAGGGGGUGAGGGACCAGGUGCAUGAGGAAAGGUAUGGACCAUACAUGAGGGGGGUCUACCUGGGGCUCUCUUUUGGGGUGUGGUAAAGAAAAUUCUUCCAUGCCAUGCCCCUUCUCCCCUCAGUUACAUAAAUGGCUAAAUACCAUCUGGGGCUCACUAAUGAAUAAGCUUUUCUUUAGCCUCUUUGGCUUGCUUUCCUCAUGUAACCAGCUGACAGGCUCCAGUGGGCUUGAGGUAAGAAUGAGCCUCCUCCUCAGAGCCAGCACUUCAGUGAGAUAUGAGCCAGGUGGCUUCAUCCUGGGUUACUGCCCAUCUCUCUGUCCCCUUUCUCCUUGCUUAUUGUCAUAGGAAAGGCACUGGUGUGGCAGGGGACGCUACCACAGUAGAUACUCAGGCAACAUCUUGCUUUUGCUCGUGGGAGAAGACAUACCCUCCUUGGACUAACAUGCUUUUAGCCUUUGCAGUGGAGGGUUGGUUAGAGGCCUGGGAGCGGGACUCUCCUUGUUUGCAUGUAGCUCUUUAAAACACAAUUUCCAGUGACAUUUGGCUGGUUCUGCAGCUGAUGAGAGAUACAGACCUACCCAAAUCGUUGGUUAUCUUAUCUGAGGUGCUUCUGAUAAGGUGUUGCAUAUUUCUGGUGAUCAUAGGCAAGACCUGAGCAGCUGGCUGGAACAUGUCCCUUUAGAUCCUAAAUGUGGGUGAGAUCAGCCCCAUUCUAGGGAUUUGGACAUCAGAGGGAAGACUGUAUAAGCAAAAUGAUAAGGCAGCUUUCUUCCUCCCCUGUUGAGAGCAACAGCCCCUUGAUGUCUUCUUAUUUUAUAAAGCCCCCAAGUAAGGGACUACUCUGUGGAAGCAGGGGCUGUGAAGGGCAAAGAGAUGAUGAAACAAAACUUUGCCCCAAUUCUACCUAUGGCUUCAAGUCUCCUGGCGUGUCCCCAUCCCCGGCUCACCUGUGUCCCCACCACGCUGUUCACCACGCCUCAUCACGCACCCUUCCCUUCCACGUUAUUCCUGGCAGCUCCCUGAGCAGGGGAGGCGUCUUUGUCCCUGCACCCUCACAAGCACUUGGGAGGACCCAGGAAGGCAGCAUUGUGGGGUGGUUCCCACAGGAGUCUUGGCUUUGGUCCCCAGAGCAGGUACAAGGCAAGGAGCCCAGCAAGGCCACCUCACGCAGCAAGUCCAAACCAUCCAUUCAGACAACUCCCUGCUGCCUGUGUGGCAUCUAUAACACCACCUGGGCUGCCCUGCCCCUUCCCCUGAUGCAUUACUGCCUGUGUAUAGUAUAUAUAUUAUAUAUAUAUAUUUAAAAAGAUGUAUAAUAUAAAGCUAUACAUAUAUACGUAAUAUACGAUGACUCAUGGAUGGCCUGCCGCAUACAGGAUCCCCUGAGUGGUCUUGUCUAAGCCUGAGUGUUCCUUCACCUCUCCUCCCCCUCCACCCCUUGCCCCCGUUCCAAAAUCCAACUACAGCGAACCCCACCACCUUGACACCUGUGUUUACAAUGUCCUAUAUAUUUGUGGUUAACAAAGUGAAGGUGGUAACUACUGGUGUCUCAAUAAAGUUAUGAUGUUCAAAAUAACCAAACUAUAUGGAAAA